AUGUCGGACGACUUAUUCCCAAGAAGACGUCCUCUCAGCCCACUUGAUGGGUAUGAGGAUGAGGAAAUCGAUGGAAAGAUAACGAGAGAAAAAUACCUAGCAUACAAAGCGAAACUCAAUGAGGAGGCUCAAAGAAAAAUUGAAAAAGCUUAUCUCGAUUGGGAUCUUCCCCGUAAAAACGAUCCACGUACUCCGGAACCUCGUUGGGAGAUGACGGAAGAAGAAGAGUUACACUGGAGAAGUUUGCAGAGAGAUUUCAUCAAUGAUGAAAAAUACGCGGGCUUUGCAGUCACAAACGACCCCGUUCCAGAAAAGGAAGUGGAUCCCAAAAAUCUACCAAGGAGAUAUAGACAACCACUGAUUUUCUUAUCUAAUGCGCAAGUUGAUAAGCACACGGAGGAAGAGGAGCGGAUUACUCAAAUGAUAAGAGUAGAGGAUACCGCUGGGAUCAAUAGAUCAUUUCGUCGCAUGUACAAGAAAGGAAAUGUUAGACCGCGGAAUGCUUCUGAAAGACGAAGAGGUCAUGAUGAAGCAUUCUAUGAUGAGAUUUCACAAGAUGUUUUGUCGGAUGAACCACCGAAAAAGAUCAAGAAAACCCCACAUGUACCAACAAAAGGUAUAGAAAAAGAAUGGAUCCCGUCAAAUAGUGCUCGUUUUGAAAAAGCAUAUAGUGAAAGAUCCAAAAAAAGAUCCGAAAGAAGGAGCAGGAAGGCAAAAUCUGGAUCCAAUGUCUCUCAGAAGUCUUCUUCAGCGACUACUGGAGUCCUGGAAAAACCGAAAAAGAAGGAGGUGCGAAUUCCACGAGAGCCUGACCCAACUCCACGGGAGACCAACAAACGGAUCCGUGAUUGGCUCCAAACAGUUGAGAAGCCGGGUCCUGAACAAAGCAGAGAACGGAUUGACUAUAAACUGUUCCACAGAAUUCCGUUGACCCCUACGGAACGUGUGCAGCAUCUGUGCUUCCACCAUCCAAAGGAUGUGAUGUUGACUGAGGAGGAACUAGAGAAAGGAGAGUAUUUCUACAAUUUGAAUCGAGUCAAAGAGAUGAGAAAGAUUCCAAACGUUGAGGUGGAAGUUAUGUCAGAAGAGCCUGAUGAUGACAUGAUCGUUGAAAGCGUCAGGAUGUCGGAUGUGGAUUUGGAGAAGGUUGUGAAGAAUCCCCCAAUGGAAUUCUCUGAAAUUGGUGAAAAUAAGGAUGGCUCCGAGCCAAUUGAUUAUGAGGAGCAGUACUUAUUAUAUCAGAAACAACGCCGUAAAUCAUCGAGACCCCAUCGCAGUAUUGAAGAGAUUCAACGUAACCUGCUAAAAAUCAAAAAAAUGGAACAAGAAGUCACAACACACCUACUUGAACAAUGGUUCGAUUGGCAAGAAUCCAAAAAAGGAAGACCAACAAAAGAUGAAAUUCUUGAGGAAGAGUAUGACCUCUACCUUCAGAUGCAUUGUGAAGAAUUUGACACACAGCCAAUGAAUUAUAAAGACUAUGAAAAAUUUUUUGAUGAGCAAGUGGAAAAGGAACGCAGUCGACAUCCGAAGGGAAUGACAUGGCAAGAAGCGGAGGAUGAUGAGGAUAACAACGCUUUCUUUGAAUUCAAAAACAAGUAUGAUGAACAUUUUGCUGCGCAGAAACGGAAGUGGGAGAACGCACUGCACAGAGCAAAAGAAAGGAUUCGAAUUCCACUGGUGAAGGCUGAAAUGGAAAUUGUAGAAGACGAACUCAUUGCGACUGCUCAUCAAUUGAAUGAGGACAAAUGGAAUGGAGAUGGAGAUUCGGAAGAGUGGGAUCAAAGAUAUCUGAAAUAUAUCUACGGUAGUGAUGAGCUCAUUGAGCGGACACCAUCCAUGGAUCCACCGUUAAAAGAAACGUUCAAGGAGAAGGUGUUGCGGAUUGCAGAAAGAAGAAUGUUGCAAAGGAAAUUUGAGGUUCAUUGUGGAGAAUGGUUGAGGGUGUUCACAGAACAGAAAGAAGAACAAGAAAGAAGGGACGCAGAAUAUAAGAGACAAAGAAAAGAGUCUGGAGAAAAGGAACCUGAAAUCCGUGAUCCUGACGAAGAGGCCUACGAAGCACUGACAGAAGAAGAUAAAAAACAUAUGAAUAUACUAAGGCUAGACCCAGAGAAUGAGGAAGAAACAUUCCCUACGCCGGUCCAGCCAUGGGUUAUGCCCGAAGGUCCUAUACCGAUACUGGGACCGGAGGUACCCAGAAUCAUUGUAUAUGAUAUACACGACAUUGAUCGGAUGUCGAAAGCAAAGCUGAGAGGAAGAGGGAAGAAGGGCGGGAAGAGAGGUGCUCCGAAGAGAGGAUCCAAGAAUGCGUUGGAGUCGAUUGAAGAGGAGGAAGGAGAAGUUGGAGCCCCAAUCUUCAAAGUACCGUUCCCAAUCGUUGAACCACCAGCUGAAGUCGUUGCUCCGGAACCUGAGCCAGAGAUAAAAAGACAUGAAAGACCAUUCUGGAAGGACCUCAAAGAUACCGACCCCAGACAUCCCAAUUACAUCAACCCGGAAUGGAUAGUGGCGGCGACGAAAGAGUUUGGUGUACCGCUUUUACCGAAUGGCAGAUGUCCCAGUCCGGACGAUGACGAAUAUAUGCCAAAGGGAAAAUCAGAGUACCAACUGUUCAAGGAGAGAGAGGCGGAAAGACUUAGGAAGUUGGAGCUCAUGGAAUAUUCUGACGAAGAAAUUGUGGAUGACGAUGUUCCAGUGGACCCUGAACCCGUUUCAGAAUUCCAGAUGGAGUCGAGCCCGAUUUCCGAAAAACGGGUAUCUCGUACUCCAUCAGUUCUCCGUGACGAAGAGCUCAAUGAGCCAGCUGCUCCAGAAUAUCAGUACACUGCAGAUGAGUUGCUUGGAGACUUGGAGGAGAAAGUGUUGACAGAAGAAGAAGAUACUAGCGGGGACAAUGGGCUACUGGAAGACGUCUUGGUUGCAGAGGAACCUAUCACAGUCGAGGAACCAAUUCUGGUGGAGCCUGAAACUGAUUCGGUGAUAGUUCCGGAAGAGGAAGCUGCUAUGGAGUAUGGAAUAUUGGAAAAGUCGGAUGAAGCUAUAAAAGUCAAAACUCCUCCAAAGAAAACAUCCAAGUCGGUCAAGAAAUCUGUUUCAGUUGAGCAGCAAUCUGAUCCACUUGAUGAGAAUGCUCUUCUAGAUGGAGCAUUCGAAGCUCAGGAAGAGAUUGAUGAGGCUGCACUUUUGGAUAAAGAAAUUUCAGUUGAGCCAGAGAAUCUUGUUAUCCCGGAAGAGGACUCUCAUGCACUACUUCUUGACGAUCCAAGUCUCGUCGAGCCAGAGUCCACUGCACCUGACUUCCAGUAUGAGGAUCUGGAGAAGGAGUAUGGACAGCCAGAAAAAGAAGCUACCCCAGCGCCAGCGCCAACUGUAGUCGAGCCAGCUCCAGAUGCACCAAGGAAGCGAGGACGGCCAAAGAAGAGAGUUCCACCACAAGCAGCUGUUGGCACUGUUGCAAAGAAACCAGCUCCUGAAAAAGAGGAGGAACCUAAAGAAGAAACGAAGAAACCAGCAGCAGGAAGACGUGCUCGUAAACCAGAAGAAGCACCUGAGCUUGUCACAGGACCAAGAACGAAGCGUACAUACGUCUCUGCGAACAAUCCACUUCCACGUGUCCGUGAUUUCGUUGAACCUGUGGCUCCAGCAGAUGAGGAGCCAGACAGAUUGACUGGAGUUGCAGGAGCAUGCAGAGCUGGAUCACCAGGUGGAACACCAGAAAAGCUGAAACAUAUGUCCUCUGCCAUGCGGAAGCUCAUCGAGGUGGAUAGAGAGGAAAGCGUGGUUCCCCAGGAGAAUGUACCGAUUCCAGUAGAGGAGAUCAAGACAGAGGAUCAGUGGGUUAUUCCAGAACCAAUCACCCCCUACUCCCGCCAGUCAAAGAAAAGACAGCGUGAAGCGCUCAAUCAAAAUAUUUUGGAAGAAAUUAAGGAAGAAAUUGAAGGAAAUAACCGCGAGAAUGACUGUGUCAUCGUCUUCGCGCAGGUCGGGCCGCCCAUUGUCAAAAUAGAGGAUGAUCCGGAGUUGGUUGUCAUGAGGGCAAACUUCAAUAAUGAACAGUUGACUCAACUGGAGCCAGAGAUACUUCCAGUUAAACGUAUCGAUCCAAAAGGAAAAGAACAUCCAACUCACAUGUGGUUGAUAACUCAUAAGAUGUGGGAGGGGGUCAACGAGCUCUUCAUGACUGACCCGGAGAAAUUCUCGAAUCUUAUGAUGAUUCUGGUGGUUGACAGCAAAAGGAGAGGCAAUGUUUUUAGGUACGACGUGACGGUGGUUAACAGAACCAGCGAGUUCACUCCAGCAUUCAUAAAUUACUUGUCAGAAUGCAGGAAAACUUUGACAAUCGAGCAAGAGGAGUCCAUGGAAUACAACACGUUCUUUAAAAGAUACAAUGAAAUGGCGACCGCGUUCCUGGGGGAUCACCAUAUCUCUGCUUACAUUCUUCAUCAAGUUGUCGAAAAUAUCAAAACAGUCAAAAAUGCGAUUCGUGAAGAUUGCCCGGCUGGAAGUUUGCGAGAGAACGAGAGAGAGGCUCUUGCCACGUGCGAACGAAUUCUUAUCGGACAAUAUAUUGAAUCGAUUAUGAAGAUGGCUCAUAUCUCACAAGUCAAGUGGGCUACGAAUACUCAUGUGAAGAGACGAUUGGAAAUGAUCUACCACGGAUGGAAAAUGUUCCUCUGCACCGGUGGUUUCUUCCGUCUCCUUCUCGCCAUAAAAAUGGACAAACCGAUUAGUGAUGUUUUCCGGAAAUACUGCCAGGAGUAUGUGGAAGAAAUCGAUAUUCUCUACGCUAGAGCCAUCGAGAUUUAUAAGAAAACUGACGAGGAGGUUCUGAAGGAUAUGGAGGAGACGUCGGGUAUCACGGCAGCUGAUAUUGCAAAGGUUGAUGCUGACAUUCAAGUGAAGAAGAGUGAAACGCACACACAUCGCUGCUCCACCUGCUUGAUCAGAAGUCAAGAUGCCUACUUCUCUAGCAGCGAGCUUCUUGACAUUCACGAGAAAAUCCACACCUCCGACAUGGAAGAGUGCGGAAAGUGUUUCUCGGACUUGUUGGUGCCAGAACUCGUCAUGCAUCGAAUCAUUACGCACUACUCGAUGCGUGUUCAAGACGACUAUUAA